UCCCGGCGAGGGAAGGGCGGAGCUCGGGAACGGGGAACUCCCUUUACGAGGCCGAGGCUCGGCCGCGCGGCCCCGAGGCGUGGUAGUGGGUUCGUGGGCCCCGGCGUGGUGGCCCAAGUCACGGGCCGCGCCGGCCGCCAUCUUGUCCACGUCCCGGCUCCCGCGGCGGGAGGGGUGGUGUCCAGGCCGGAAGCGGCUGUGCGGCGGUCACGCUGCCACCUCAGUGCUGUUAUAGGUGUUUUGGUGAUGAGCACAGAAUCAACAUGAUUUUCCUUUGCUGAGAAACCAUUGAUUGGAAGUGAGCACUUGUUAAACUUGAAGUGAAUGGACCUGACUGGACUCUUUGAGCACAUCAAUAAACAUGAGCGGUACCAAACCUGAUAUUUUGUGGGCACCACACCAGGUUGAUAGAUUUGUUGUAUGUGACUCAGAACUGAGCCUUUAUCAUGUGGAAUCUACUGUGAAUUCAGAACUCAAAGCUGGAUCUCUACGUUUAUCUGAAGACUCUGCAGCUACAUUGCUAUCAAUAAAUUCAGAUACACCCUAUAUGAAAUGCGUUGCCUGGUAUCUCAAUUAUGAUCCUGAAUGUCUCCUAGCAGUUGGACAAGCAAAUGGUCGAGUUGUACUUACAAGUCUUGGUCAAGAUCAUAACUCAAAGUUCAGAGAUUUGAUAGGAAAAGAAUUUGUUCCAAAACAUGCACGACAAUGCAAUACCCUUGCAUGGAAUCCAUUGGAUAGUAACUGGCUUGCUGCUGGUCUAGAUAAACACAGAGCUGACUUUUCAGUGCUAAUAUGGGAUAUCUGCAGCAAAUAUACUCCUGAUAUAGUUCCCAUGGAAAAAGUGAAACUUUCAGCAGGUGAAACUGAAACAACAUUACUAGUAACAAAACCACUUUAUGAAUUAGGACAGAAUGAUGCUUGUCUCUCUCUUUGUUGGCUUCCACGAGACCAGAAACUUCUCCUUGCUGGUAUGCAUCGUAACCUAGCCAUAUUCGAUCUUCGGAAUACCAGCCAAAAGAUGUUUGUAAAUACGAAAGCUGUUCAGGGCGUAACAGUAGACCCAUACUUCCAUGAUCGUGUUGCUUCCUUCUAUGAAGGUCAGGUUGCAAUAUGGGAUCUUAGAAAAUUUGAGAAGCCAGUUUUGACUUUGACUGAGCAACCAAAGCCCUUAACAAAAGUAGCAUGGUGCCCAACUAGGACUGGUCUGCUUGCCACUUUAACGAGGGAUAGUAAUAUUAUUAGAUUGUAUGAUAUGCAGCAUACACCCACUCCCAUUGGGGAUGAAACUGAACCCACAAUAAUUGAAAGAAGUGUGCAACCUUGUGACAAUUAUAUUGCUUCCUUUGCAUGGCAUCCAACAAGUCAAAAUCGAAUGAUAGUUGUAACUCCCAACAGAACAAUGUCUGACUUCACUGUUUUCGAAAGGAUAUCUCUUGCCUGGAGCCCAAUUACAUCUUUAAUGUGGGCUUGUGGUCGUCAUUUGUAUGAAUGUGCAGAAGAAGAAAAUGAUAAUUCUUUAGAAAAAGACAUAGCAACAAAGAUGCGCCUUCGGGCUUUGUCGAGGUACGGACUUGAUACAGAGCAGUUGUGGAGAAAUCACAUUUUAGCUGGAAAUGAAGAUCCACAGCUCAAGUCACUCUGGUAUACUCUGCACUUUAUGAAGCAGUAUACAGAAGAUAUGGAUCAGAAAUCACCAGGCAACAAAGGAUCAUUGGUUUAUGCAGGAAUUAAAUCAAUUGUAAAAUCAUCCUUGGGAAUGGUGGAAAGCAGCAGACAUAAUUGGAUUGGGUUGGAUAAGCAAACUGAUAUUCAAAAUUUAAAUGAAGAGAGAAUCUUAGCUUUACAGCUUUGUGGGUGGAUUAAGAAAGGAACGGAUGUAGACGUGGGGCCAUUUUUGAACUCCCUUGUACAAGAAGAGGAAUGGGAGAGAGCUGCUGCUGUGGCAUUGUUCAACUUGGAUAUUCGACGAGCAAUCCAAAUCCUGAACGAAGGGGCAUCUUCAGAAAAAGGAGAUCUGAAUCUCAAUGUGGUAGCAAUGGCUUUAUCGGGUUAUACAGAUGAGAAGAACUCCCUUUGGAGAGAAAUGUGCAGCACUCUACGAUUACAGCUAAACAACCCAUACCUGUGUGUCAUGUUUGCGUUUUUGACAAGCGAAACAGGAUCUUAUGAUGGAGUUUUGUAUGAAAACAAAGUUGCAGUACGUGACAGAGUGGCAUUUGCUUGUAAAUUCCUCAGUGAUACUCAGUUAAAUAGAUACAUCGAAAAGUUGACCAAUGAAAUGAAAGAGGCUGGAAAUUUGGAAGGAAUUUUGCUUACAGGCCUUACCAAAGAUGGAGUGGACUUAAUGGAGAGUUAUGUCGAUAGAACUGGAGAUGUCCAAACAGCAAGUUACUGCAUGUUACAGGGUUCACCUUUAGAUGUUCUUAAAGAUGAGAGGGUUCAGUACUGGAUUGAGAAUUAUAGAAAUUUGUUAGAUGCCUGGAGGUUUUGGCACAAACGAGCUGAAUUUGAUAUUCACAGGAGUAAAUUGGAUCCCAGUUCCAAGCCUUUAGCACAGGUGUUUGUGAGUUGCAAUUUCUGUGGCAAGUCAAUCUCUUAUAGCUGUUCAGCUGUGCCUCAUCAGGGCAGAGGUUUUAGUCAGUAUGGUGUGAGUGGCUCGCCAACGAAAUCUAAAGUCACAAGUUGCCCCGGCUGUCGAAAACCCCUUCCUCGAUGUGCACUUUGCCUCAUUAAUAUGGGAACACCUGUUUCUAGCUGUCCUGGAGGAUCCAAAUCAGAUGAAAAAGUAGACUUGAGCAAGGACAAAAAAUUAGCUCAAUUUAACAACUGGUUUACCUGGUGUCACAAUUGCAGGCAUGGUGGGCACGCUGGACAUAUGCUGAGUUGGUUCAGGGACCAUGCAGAAUGUCCCGUGUCUGCAUGCACAUGUAAAUGUAUGCAGUUGGAUACAACCGGGAAUCUGGUACCUGCAGAGACUGUUCAGCCAUAAAAUGUUAUCACCUAAAGAGAAACCUUCAAGUAUGGAGCUUUCUAAUAGAUGUCCUUCAUAGCUCAAAAACAUACCUCAGAACAAGUCACUCAUGACUUUCCUGUAAUGGGAAAAUAAAUCAUUCUAUCAGAUCAGCAAUUUGAUGUUUGAGUGAUUUUGAUAUGUUUCACAGAGACAGAUGCUUCUGAACGGAACAUCAGAGUGUAGGCAUGAAUUCUGUUCAUUAGGUUGAAAAAGUUCAUGUUGGAAGAACUUUCUAAGGUUUUGUUGAAAUUAUGAACAUUGUACAAGAAGAGUUUCUGGAAUAACCAAGAACAGGCCUUGAACCUACAUGAGAGUACUUCAAAAAGUUUGUGGAAAGAUUUGUAUUAUCUUUUCCUUUUAUUUUCCACAAAUUUUUUGAAGUACCAUCCUAUCUUCAAAGCUGAAAUUGGAUAUCUUUCAAUAAAAUCUGUGCUCUUUUAACAUAAAAUGACCAUUUCAGUGAUUCAGGUGAUAGUGUAAGCUCAUCCAUGCUUAGGUUCUUUUAAGAUAAAAGUAAAAUUGUGGAUUUCUAGAAUUAGAGAUUUUCUACCCCACAGUGGAGAAUAAAUUUUAUCAGUGUAUAUUUAAUUUGUAUUUUUUAAGAAACUUUUUCCCUCAUACGCUUUCAUUUUAAGAUAAGAAAUCUUUUGGCACAGACCAUCAUUGUCUUCCUAGAAAAGCCUAGAAUAUAUCUUAACUUUUUCUCUUCAAAAGAGAAAAAUAUGUACCAUUUCAGGGGAAUAUGUUACAAAAAAUUUUCAGUUUUAACCUUUUGCUUUCCAAUGUCCUGAUUUGUCUUCAAAGAUUUCUCUCCAUAUUAAUUUGUUACCUUAUCCUCAUCUGAAAGCAUUUUACUGAACACAAAGUCUAUGCAAGAUUAUAUGUGACCAGCCAGCCAUUCAGUGUAAUCUGUGUCAGUGUGCUACUGUCAAAUUCCAUCCUGUUUUAGAAUACUGUUUUUUACAAGGUAAACUAGGAGGUAUUGGGGGAAACAGGGUCACUUCAGAGACUACUUUAAAUGUAAGUUUCUAAAAGUAAGUAUGUGGGUUAACUUUAUUUUAAAAUGUAUUUUUUCCCUUUUCAUAGGUAGAUAGUUACAAGAGAAAUACAAAGGGUUUGUAGCAUACUUUUCUGUCAUCUGCCAUAUGCAGAGGACUGAACUGAAUUUUGUAGUAGUGUUCAUAAAUAAAAAGUACACUUAAAAUUUUACUUUAUAGAUUUUGGAGAAAGAAAUAAAAUUGGAAAAUUUUAAGAGCUUUCGUGUUAGCAGUUUUACCUGAUAAAAACUAAGAUCAAUUAGAUUAGUUUGAGGUGUGACCUAAAUACUGAACAAAAGAGCAUUAUAUUUGUUUUUUAUUUUGAGAUCUGAUACAAAAGACCCUUAUCUAGGAAAACAUUGGAAGUUAUGCAUAGCAACUCUUAAUGUCUCACCUAGAUGACAAUCUUCAGUUGGUAAUAGUUAAUUUAAAAAAAAAAAAUUUGUUAUUAAGGGGACUUUUUCCAGAGUUCUUUUAAGUAAGUCUUACUGAUUUUGUUUUAUUAAGACAUACCCUUCACCUUUAAUACUGCUUCAGUUGAAGUGUUCCUUUCAAAUGUACUGUGUCCUAAAUAUGAAAAGUCAGCUUUAAGUAAUGUCAUACUCUUAUACAUUUUUAU